AUGGCAUCAAUCCUGGUUCUAGGCUUGGGCGAGCUCGGCCAAGAAGUCGUCAAAAGUAUCGCGACCCAUCCGAAGCGGAACGAUGCGAGAGUCGCUGUACUUUUGCGGGCUCGCAAGCCAGAACAGCUUGAGAAGUUGAAAGAGUGGAACGUCGACGUUGUUUCCGGCAACGUUGCCGAGGACACGCAAGACGCCCUAGCCAUGGUGAGACGAAGAUGUGCCCUCUGCCUUCUGUCCUCCGGCUAGGUGAAAUAAUAUCCCAUGGCCCCAACAGACGUUUGCCGAAUGGCACACAGUCAUCUGCUGUACUGUAUGUCCGCCCAACAAAGCGUAGACUUGGCCUUCCACGUCGAAGGCCGUGGGCGUCUGCUGGCAUCCUGACUCGUACCUAGGGCAUGUACGCUCCGCCGGAGACGCAGAUCAAGAUUGCGAAAGCUGCGCUCGCCGCUGGCACUGAGCGUUAUCUGCCGUGGCAGUUUGGCAUUGACUAGUAAGUCGAAGAGGAGACAACCCCUCGAGCGCCUCCUUGUGGCUACGAAAAGUCGCUUACCUUGUCUCUUGUCCCAAUUAGCGACGUUGUUGGUCGGAAUAGCUCGCAGAACUUGUUCGACAGUCAACUAGACGUCCGAGACCUCCUCCGAGCGCAAUCGCAGACGCAAUGGGUCAUCGUGUCGACCGGCAUGUUCAUCUCGUUCCUUUUCGAGCCGGCCUUUGGACUGGUCAACGCCGAUCGAAGCGUCGUGACGGGCAUCGGCAGCUGGGACAACGAGAUCACCGUGACAUCUCCCGAGGAUAUCGGGCGUCUGACUGCCGAGAUCGCACUGGUGCAUCCAGAAAUCCAGGGCGUCGUAUUCACAUCCGGUGACACGAUUUCCAUGCAGCGGCUGGCGGAUGUGGUCGAGCGAGUCACCGGACACCAAGUCAGCAGAGUCCUGAAGACUGUGCCGGAGCUAAAAGCGGAACUCGCGGCGAGCCCGGACGACUCGAUGCGGAAAUACAGAGUGGUGUUCGCAGAGGGUAAGGGUGUUGCCUGGCGCAAGUCGGAAUCAUUCAAUGCCGUCCACGGCAUUCGGACGCAGACCGUAGACGAAUGGGCGUCUUCAAGUCUGAGAGCGCAGUAG